CGUGCAUUAGGUAUAAAUUUCCCCAUUUUUUCGUCAACCUUUACCUACUUUCUCAAAAUCUCCAAAAUGAGUGAAAUUGUUUCAAGUGUUCAAAUCAAUGCUCAACCCGAUGUUCAAGAUGGGUUCAAGGCUUACGCCGACCCACACAUCAUUGAGGGGAGAACCCUUAAACAAGAUGACAUCCCGGUUCCCGUUCUUGAACUAAUUCAAGAACAAGACCCUUCCAUUACUGCCGUAGUUGCUGGAAAAACCUUCGGAUUCAACACCCAAAACCUUUCUGAAUGGUUUCACCUAGAGCGUCAAGGAGUCUCCACCUAUUGCAAAAAGGGGUGGAUUACCGGCUCACGAGACUUUAACUCCGAUUCUUGCCUCCGAGUGCUAAACAACAUUGCUCUUAACCAUGUCUUUGAAGACCCGAACUACUUCCUUCAUAGGCCAAAUGUCCAAGACUUACCCACAAAUAGGUUCAUCCUUCUCAAAAUCCUCAAAGAAAAUGUCAUCCCGGUCCUUAACAAAGAUAAACAAGUUGGGGUUUAUGAAUGCACUCUUCUAUACUGGCUCCUCACUCACAAGAAAAUCAAUCUCCCUUCCAUCAUCCUAAAACACAUGUACGAAUGCUCCGAUCGCCAAAACAAACCCUAUGGCAUGCUUCUUACCCACAUCUUUGCCAAGAGGGAAAUUCUUGAGGUGCGCCCUUCUCGUGUCCGCUAUCUUGAUGCGGAAAGCCUUGGCUAUUGUGGCCUUGUGAAGAUUGGAGAAGAGUACUGCAUGAAGAAGGAGUUUCAAAAUCUUGAUGAAGCUACACGAGCAGAGUAUGGCGCCAUCUACUUCACGAGCACCCCAGGCCGACGCCGAAGAAAAUACCAACACGGAUGUCCCCGUUCGUGCUCCUAGGGUCAAACGCUCAAAGUCGGCGUCUCAUGCUUCUUCGGCCUCUCUCUUGCACCGUCACUCUCAAAUGGCUUCCACUUCCAAAAACCCCUUCAAGAAGUUCAAGAAAUUCAUCCUCAAGACCGUAGUGGCUCCGAUGAAGAAAAUUCAAGAAAGACUUGAUGACCUC